AUGAAAAUGCUACUAGUAUUUGGAGGUGCGGCCGCCAGAGCCAUAUUACAUGGGCGUGGGCGUAGGAUGAUGAGCACUAAUCCAAAUCCAUGGCUGAUGCUGCCGCCCACAUUAGGCGGCAUGGUGUACAACUUCUACAGCCUGGCCGACGAGGAGGUUGUGCUGAUCAACAAGUACGGCCUGGGACCGGGAGCGGAGAUCCCCGACGACAACGCCCGGGUGGUGGGGUCAUCCCACGGGUGGCUAGCAUUGAUGAACUACCGCAACGACGAGCUGUUCCUCUCCAACCCCAUCACCCGCCGCCACAUCAGGCUCCCCCCAAUCCAGUCCCUUCCUGACCCCGUGCUCAACCUCGACCACCGCAGCGGCAAAGCCACGGUGUCGAAGCUAAUCCUGUCUGCAGCCUCCCCCGGGUCCGAGGAGUGCCGCGCCAUGGUGUCGUACGGGCAGGACGACCGGCUGGCCUUCUGCUGCCCGGGGCACAGCCAGGAUACAUGGAUCGAGAGAACAAGACUUUGA